AUGAUGUGGAAUUCUUCAAAACCCUACUUUGGCCUCCAGGGUGGAUGGCUUACCUUCUGGAUCACAGUGGCCUGUGGCGCGGAUAUGACACUGCUUGGCUAUGAUCAAGGAGUAUUCAGUGGAGUCGUCAUUUCACAGGACUUUCUUCGGCUUCACAACCUUGAAGGACCAACCAAAACAACGCUUCUAGGCACCGUGACUGCUAUUUACGAUGUGGGUUGUUGUCUUGGUUCGUUGCUUGCCUACUCCAUUGGAGAGCGACUGGGUCGGAGAAACACCAUUGUGCUGGGCACACUUGUUAUGACUAUCGGUGCUAUCCUGCAGGCUUCUUCUUACAGCCUGGGUCAAAUGAUGACCGGUCGCAUUGUUGCUGGUAUUGGCAAUGGCCUCAACACCUCAACAGCGCCAAUCUGGCAAGUUGAAACUUCCAAGGCCCAGUGGCGAGGAAAACUGGUUAUUCUCGAAAAUUGCCUGCUCUUGGUCGGCUUUUCCCUUGCCAAUUGGCUGAAUUAUGGUCUCUCAUUUGCCAAUGGUCCAGUUUCGUGGCGCUUCCCCUUAUCCUUUCAGCUGAUUUUCAACAUCAUGAUAUUUUGCACAGUUCCAUGGCUUCCGGAGUCUCCCAGAUGGCUCAUUGCCCACGAUCGUCCGGACGAGGCUCUCCAGAUCAUCGCCGAUCUGGAGGGACAAGAAACCACCGAUGCUUUUGUCCAGCUUCAGAUUAGUGAGAUACAAUACAGUGUGGAGUACGAGCGCUCCAACAGCGUCAGCUUCAGUGAUAUUAUCCGCGGCCGAGCUAGAGAGAAAUCAGGCACGAACACAGUCCGUCGCCUCAUGCUGGGCAUGGGAGCGCAGGCAUUCCAACAGUUUACUGGGAUAAACGUGACAUCUUACUAUCUCCCGACCGUCCUUACCACAUCGGUCGGACUGAGCGAAUCAUUGGCGAGGUUGCUCACAGCAUGCAACAGUGUCCAAUACCUGUGCUUUUCCCUGAUCGGCAUUCCCAACGUGGAGCGAUGGGGCCGUCGGAGAUUGAUGAUGUUCGGAUGCUCAGGAAUGUGUUUCUGCUACAUAUUCAUCACGGCGCUCAUACGAUACAACGAGCUGUCCGGAUACCCGCAUCGAGAUCAAGUUGCAUCGGCAUCAGUAGCGUUCUUCUUCCUGUAUUACGUUUUCUUCGGCAUUGGCAUGCAGGGUGUACCGUGGCUCUAUCCCACCGAAAUCAACUCACUCACGAUGCGAACAAAGGGAGCAGCACUGGGAGCUGCAACAAACUGGAUCAUGAACUUCAUGGUUGUCGAGAUCACACCAAUUGGCAUUCAAAACCUCGGCUGGAGGUUCUACAUUAUCUGGGUUGUUUUGAAUGCGAUGAUCAUACCUACUGUGUAUCUGUUCUACCCAGAGACCGCCGGUCGGACUUUGGAAGACAUGGAUGAUUACUAUCGAGGCAGCCCGCCUCUUCUGGCUUGCCUCGACAAGGAAGCCAUAUCCAGUAAACGUCCUCAAAAGUACCAAGUCCGAGAUGAGCAUAUCAUGCAUGCCAAAAGGGGUGAAGAGGCGGAGCAUAUUGAGAGUGUGACAUGA